AUGUCCCAGACAGAGGAAAAUGAUAAAGGCCCCCCUCCCCUCUACUCCAAUGAGGAGGCAGAGCCAUUCAUGAGUGGGGCGGAGGCGGCCCUCGCCUGCUGGAGGUACUCCAUAGACGCCACGGCUAUGAAUGGAACAGACACGCUCAACUCCACAACCAGCUCCCAGGCUCACAAGAAGAGGCAACACUACAGUAAACACAAGAACCAGGGAGGUGGCGGAGUGCACAGGAACCCAAGGGCUCUUUUUUGCUUGCACCUCAAUAAUCCCAUCCGAAGAGCGUGCAUCAGCAUCGUAGAGUGGAAACCAUUUGAUAUCCUCAUUCUGAUGACUAUAUUUGCCAACUGUGUAGCAUUGGGUGUCUACAUUCCCUUCCCAGAGGAUGAUUCCAACGUUGCUAACCACAACCUGGAACAAGUGGAAUACAUCUUCCUUAUCAUCUUCACGGUGGAGAGUUUCUUAAAGAUAAUCGCCUAUGGGUUGGUCAUGCACCCCAGUGCCUACAUCAGAAAUGGAUGGAACUUGCUGGACUUUGUUAUCGUGGUUAUUGGGCUAUUUAGUGUCAUUUUGGAACAGUUUUCUCACAAGCAAGGAGACGCCCAUCACAUGAGCGGAAAACCUGGAGGAUUCGAUGUGAAAGCUCUCCGUGCGUUUCGUGUUCUGAGGCCCCUGAGACUUGUAUCUGGUGUCCCAAGUUUACACAUUGUAUUAAACUCUAUAAUGAAGGCCAUGGUCCCACUGCUUCACAUUGCACUGCUUGUCCUCUUUGUCAUCAUUAUUUACGCCAUUAUUGGUUUGGAGCUCUUCAUAGGCCGGAUGCACAAGACCUGCUUCUACAUAGGUUCAGAUUUACCCGCUGAGGAGGAGGCAGCACCCUGCGCCUUCUCGGGACACGGAAGGGAGUGUCACGUUAACAAUACUGAGUGCCGGGGAAGAUGGGAAGGGCCGAACGGGGGAAUCACAAACUUUGAUAACUUCUUUUUUGCCAUGCUGACUGUAUUCCAGUGCAUCACUAUGGAGGGAUGGACGGAUGUUCUGUACUGGAUGCAGGACGCAAUGGGUUAUGAGCUGCCUUGGGUGUAUUUUGUGAGCUUGGUUAUAUUCGGAUCUUUCUUCGUCCUUAACCUUGUAUUGGGCGUCUUAAGUGGUGAGUUCUCCAAAGAAAGAGAGAAAGCCAAGGCCCGUGGGGACUUCCAGAAGCUUAGGGAGAAGCAGCAAAUGGAGGAGGACUUGAAGGGUUAUCUUGACUGGAUCACCCAAGCUGAGGAUAUUGAGCCAGAAGGGGAAGAGCGAGAUGAGCGCCACAACCGCGUCUCUCUGUCCGACUUGACUGCCAGGAGGAAGGGCCGACUCCAGUGGUUAAUGCAUCCAAACCAUUCCUCAGAAACCCACACCAGUCUCCCAGCCAGUGAGACCACCUCACUCAACACAGAGAACAUUGACGAGGAGCAUGCCAACUGCUGCGCUCUGUGCAUGAGCAGGUUGGGCCAGACUUCAUGCUGCCGCAGAGUGAGACGCUGGAACAGGGCGUUCAGAAGGAAAUGCCGCCUCGCUGUAAAAUCUGUCACCUUUUACUGGAUAGUUCUGAUCCUGGUUUUCCUCAACACCCUGACCAUAGCGUCCGAACAUUACCAGCAGCCGGACUGGCUAACUGAGAUACAAGGUUAUGCCAACAAGGUCCUGCUGUCCCUCUUCACCCUGGAGAUGAUCAUGAAGAUGUACAGCCUAGGUCUACAUGUCUACUUUAUGUCCUUCUUCAAUCGGUUUGAUUGUUUUGUGGUGUGCGGUGGAAUCCUGGAGACUGUGCUUGUGGAGUUUAACAUCAUGUCCCCUCUGGGCAUCUCUGUGCUACGCUGUGUGCGACUGCUGCGCAUCUUCAAGGUCACAAGACACUGGGCUUCCUUGAGCAACCUUGUUGCGUCGCUGCUGAACUCCAUGAAGUCCAUUGCGUCUCUGCUACUUCUGCUCUUUCUCUUCAUCAUCAUCUUCUCACUGCUGGGAAUGCAGCUCUUUGGGGGCAAAUUUAACUUUGAUGAGACCCAAACCAAGAGAAGCACUUUUGACACGUUUCCUCAGGCCCUACUCACCGUCUUCCAGAUCCUGACAGGCGAGGACUGGAAUGCGGUGAUGUAUGAUGGAAUCAUGGCUUAUGGGGGACCCUUCUUCCCUGGAAUGCUGGUCUGUGUGUAUUUUAUCAUCCUGUUCAUCUGUGGAAACUAUAUUUUACUGAACGUCUUCUUGGCCAUUGCUGUGGACAAUCUCGCUGACAGUGACAAUAUAAACAGCAAAGAUAAAAAGGGCAAUAAAUCUGAAAAUAAAGACGACAACUUGGAGAAGACUCCUUGUGAGGAGGAGGAGAACGAAGAGGAAGAGGGGAGUAAUGCAUCGGAAGAGGAAGAAGACGAGGAGGGCAGCCUCCCAGACUCCCAUCUGGAUAAACUGGCAGAGUUUGCACCAAAGGAGAAGGUCCUUCCAAUUCCUGAGGGCAGCGCAUUCUUCAUCCUCAGUAGCACCAACCUCUUACGUGUUGGGUGCCAUCGGCUCAUUCAUCAUCACAUCUUCACCAACCUCAUACUGGUCUUCAUCAUCCUAAGCAGCAUCUCGCUGGCGGCUGAGGACCCAAUCCGAGCUCACUCAUUCCGUAAUCACAUCUUGGGAUAUUUUGAUUAUGCUUUCACCUCCAUAUUCACAGUGGAGAUCUUACUGAAGAUGACAGCGUAUGGUGCUUUCUUGCACAAGGGCUCCUUCUGCAGGAACUGGUUCAAUCUCCUGGAUCUACUGGUGGUCAGUGUGUCGCUCAUCUCCUUUGGGAUUCACUCCAGCGCAAUCUCUGUUGUGAAGAUCCUGCGUGUGCUGAGGGUACUGCGUCCCCUGAGGGCCAUCAACCGUGCCAAAGGGCUGAAGCAUGUGGUGCAGUGUGUGUUUGUGGCUAUUCGCACUAUCGGUAACAUUAUGAUCGUCACCACACUCCUGCAGUUCAUGUUUGCCUGUAUCGGGGUCCAACUCUUCAAGGGAAAGUUCUACAGCUGCACUGAUGAGGCCAAGCACAGUCCAGAGGAGUGCAAAGGCACAUUCAUUGUGUACAAGGACGGUGACGUCACUCAUCCUAUGGUGCGGGACAGAAUUUGGCACAACAGCGACUUUAACUUUGACCAUGUGCUGUCUGGCAUGAUGGCGCUUUUCACUGUAUCUACGUUUGAGGGCUGGCCUGCGCUUCUAUACAAAGCUAUUGAUGCCAACGGGGAAAACAUAGGACCCAUUUACAAUUACCGGGUGGAGAUCUCCAUCUUUUUCAUUGUCUACAUCAUCAUCAUAGCAUUCUUCAUGAUGAACAUCUUUGUGGGCUUUGUAAUCAUUACCUUCCGAGCACAGGGGGAGCAGGAGUACAAGAACUGUGAGCUGGACAAAAACCAGCGUCAGUGCGUGGAGUACGCUCUGAAGGCACAGCCUCUGCACAGAUACAUCCCCAAACACCGGUAUCAAUACAAAGUGUGGUACAUGGUCAAUUCCACCGGAUUUGAGUAUAUCAUGUUCGUACUUAUCCUGCUCAACACCAUUGCCUUGGCCAUGCAGCAUUAUGAGCAGUCGAAACCAUUUAAUUACGCCAUGGACAUCCUGAAUAUGGUUUUCACCGGACUCUUCACUGUGGAGAUGGUUCUGAAACUAAUCGCAUUCAGACCCAAGCAUUACUUCUGUGAUGCCUGGAACACAUUUGACGCUCUCAUUGUUGUGGGCAGCCUGGUGGAUAUUGCAGUCACUGAAGUGAAUAAUGGCUGGCAUGUAGGGGAGAGCUCUGAGGACAGUUCCCGCAUCUCUAUCACUUUCUUCCGCCUCUUCCGUGUGAUGCGCCUGGUGAAGCUGCUCAGUAAAGGGGAAGGAAUCCGGACUUUGCUCUGGACAUUCAUCAAAUCAUUCCAGGCCCUGCCGUAUGUUGCUCUGCUCAUUGCAAUGAUAUUUUUCAUCUACGCUGUCAUUGGAAUGCAGACAUUUGGUAAAAUUGCCAUGCAAGAUGGGACCCAGAUAAACAGGAACAACAACUUUCAAACCUUUCCCCAGGCUGUGCUGCUUCUUUUCAGGUGCGCCACUGGUGAGGCCUGGCAGGAGAUUAUGUUGGCCAGUCUGCCCGGCAAGCGAUGUGACAUUGAAUCUGACUUUGCCCCUGAUGAAGAGUUUACUUGCGGCAGUAACUUUGCCAUUGUCUAUUUCAUUAGCUUCUUCAUGCUCUGCGCUUUCCUGAUCAUUAACCUGUUUGUGGCUGUCAUUAUGGAUAACUUUGAUUACCUGACACGUGAUUGGUCAAUUCUGGGCCCCCAUCACCUGGAUGAGUUUAAGAGGAUUUGGUCUGAGUAUGACCCAGAAGCCAAGGGUCGUAUCAAACAUCUGGACGUGGUGACUUUAUUGCGCAGAAUUCAACCUCCCUUGGGCUUUGGCAAGCUGUGCCCACAUCGUGUGGCAUGUAAGAGACUCGUUGCCAUGAACAUGCCCCUGAAUUCAGACGGCACUGUGACGUUUAAUGCCACACUCUUUGCCCUUGUGCGCACCUCGCUGAGAAUAAAAACUGAAGGCAACUUGGAAGCAGCUAAUGAGGAGCUGCGUGCUGUAAUAAAGAAGAUAUGGAAACGAACCAAGCAGAAGAUACUUGAUGAGGUUAUCCCUCCUCCUGAAGAGGAGGAGGUGACAGUGGGCAAGUUUUAUGCAACGUUCUUGAUUCAGGACUAUUUCCGAAAGUUUCGCCGGAGAAAAGAGAAGGGUCUUCUUGGGACUGAGAACUUACCCUGUAAUUCUACCACAUUACAGGCUGGGCUCAGGAGCCUCCAAGAUCUGGGAUCAGAGAUCCGCAGAGCAUUAUCCUGUGAGCUGGAGGAGGAAGAUCUUUCUCAGUUUAGAGGGCGCAUGGACACAGAAGAUGCUCCUUUAUGUGAAAACUCUACUCCAGCACAAUCCGGCGAUUUUCAGAGCCUGACCUCUAUGUUAUUACUUGGAGGCUCGACUGGAGGGGGAGAUGAGCAGCCCCCAACCUCUCGCCGGUCAUCACUGGCCAAUCGAUCUGCUGGAGGCUCCAGAGACAGCUUGCUUAUACCUCCUCCACCACCGCCCAAUGCGACCAGUGGGAAAAAAAGGCAGCUCAUCAACCGCAGAAGGAGCUCUGAUGCAAGUUGUGUCCCACCCACUGUGCAUGAGCAGGAAGAGGCCCUGACAGAAGAUGAGCAGAGAUCCAGAACACAAUCACCUGUAUUUAUUCCUUGCACUGAGGCAGACAGGCAGCAGAGUUUGGAGGAUAUUUUACAGCGUUCUGCAUCCCCUGAUGACAGGGGGAAUGUACAGCCAACAGCAGCUUCUACCCCCUCCGGAGCACUUACUAAUGGAAGCCUUCAGGGAAGAGCUGCCCCUCGCCGGCGCCUGCUUCCUCCUACCCCAGGUAGCAAGUCUGCGUUUAGCAUCCAGUGCCUAAAGAGACAGGGCAGCUGUGAUGAUAUCCCAAUUCCUGGGACAUACCAUCAGAAUGCCCCACCCUGCAGAGCAAGGGCUCAGAAUUACGGAAGUUCUGAUUCAUGUCAGAGAAAUACGUACUCUCCCACUGGUACUCUGUCGUGGGCUAAUCCCCCAAAGCGAGGACGUCUUCUAUAUGCGCCCCUUAUCCUGGUGGAGGAAGAAAGCAACCUCCCUACUAUCCCCUGUACUCAUUGGUAUACAGGAGAAGAAGAGGACAAAGUACCAUAUUGCACUUACACCCAGCUGCAUGUGCCAGGCCAGAGGUUGACUGAGAAGAGGGGGAGUGCAGACAGUUUGGUUGAGGCGGUGUUAAUAUCAGAAGGCCUAGGGCUCUAUGCACGAGACCCCAAAUUUGUGGCAUUUGCCAAACGUGAAAUUGCAGAUGCCUGCCACAUGACCAUUGAUGAAAUGGAGAGCGCUGCCAGCGACCUGCUAAGCCAGAGCCGGAAGGGGAGUUGGGCUGGGAGUACCGGACGUCCUAGUGGAGAUGAGAUACCUGGACACGGCUUCUUAUAUAGUGAUGAAGAAUCUAUACAUUGCAGAGAUGAGGAAGAGCUGAGGGAUGAAAUGGCGUGUGUGUCCUCAUUCUGAGUGUGAUUUAGAAAAUACAGUCUUGUUUCAUCUGGUACUGAGAGAAGCCAGAGACAUAUCAGAACCUCUGCUAAGAAAUGGACUAGAGAUCGACAGAGGUUUGGCUGUAAGAUUUAGGCUUGAGCUUCACCAACUCUUGUAAGGUGGGCCUGGUACUUUGUCUAAUCAUUAAUAGAUCAGAUCUCUAUGAAAGGUCAUUGGCCGAGGAGCUCCAAACCUUUGUCCGUCAGAAAGUUGCAUAAAUCUUAGCGUGCAUCCUCGUAGGACGAAAGAUCAGGCAUUUUGUCCAAUGUGGACCUCUAAUUUAUCAGACUAUGAUGCCCAUCUCCUUGUUUCUAAAGAAGAGCCUAGUUUAGAGUCACAAGAUAUAUCAGAGGUGUG